AUACAUAACGUACUACCUUUAACAAGGUACAAUAGGCAACCUUUGAAAAAAGCAUAGGGUGAGAUUUGAUAAUGUAAAAUAGUAAAUCCGUAGACGAAACCCCAUGUAAAUAGGCAUACUGGUCCAUGACACGUGGGAUCGAUAACCGCUUAAGGGCUGGUCGUCGUGACGGAACAGCGCUGCCAUUUCUGUAAAAAGAAAAAAAAAGGAAAAGAAAUCAAAGAGAAGGAAGAAUCAAAAGGACGCACGACAACGAUCCGAGGAAGAAGGAGAAGCAAGUGAAAGUGGCGAAGGAUAAAGAAGAGGUAGAAGGGCUGGAGGUCGAGGAGGUAAAGGUGGAGGAGGUGGAGGUAGCGACGGGCGAAGGAAGAGAAAAGAAGAAAAUAGGGGAGGCCGGAGGUGGAUGAGGCUGUCACGAUGCUUCCCAACGAAAUGGGCUUGCUAAUGUUUUUAACGGCAGUGGCCAUCUUCUUGGGUCGCUGCCAGUCUGAUGAAAAAGUUUCCUUUUAUGGGGAGAGCUACAUCUAUUUACCCACUCAGGAAGCCAAGGGUGCUACUGACAUAAGCUUUCGUUUUCGUACACAAUUGUCAGACGCCAUGUUGCUUCUCGCUGCUGGAAAAACGGAUUACUGCUUGAUUAAACUAGAAGCUGGUAGAUUGAAGGUUCACAUAAAUUUAGGUGCAGGUGAAAGUGAGAUAUCAAGUGCCCGGGGAUUGACUUUUAAUGAUCUAAAUUGGCACGAGGUCAAUAUCACUAGAAGGGAAGCCAAUAUCAGUUUGCAAAUUGACGUUAUACACGUCACCAGGUCUAUGCUACCGGGACGAUUUUUUGAGCUGAAUAUUCACUAUGGUGUCUUCAUCGGUGGACACGGUGACUUCAGCGAGCUAUUUCUAGGUCAUAUAGAGGACCUCAGAGGAUGUAUGGCAGACAUUGUCUACAACGGCGCUAGGAUAAUCGAGUAUGCAAGAUCACGUAAGAGCCAAUCGGAAGCAACAGCAGUUACAUGGGGUUGUUCUCCAGAAUUCGACGCUACACGAGCUAGUGAAAUAAGUUUUGUGGAAGAUGGGGCUUUUGUCGCCAUACCUAGACCAAUUGCACGUUCUGGCUCCAGGUGGGAGUUUGAACUAAGAACUGCUGCCGAGAGUGGACUCCUACUCUACAACACAGGUCAAUCAUCCUACGCAGACUACCUGGGAAUUGAGUUGUUAGAGGGUAGAAUCCGAGUGCUAAUGAACAAGGGUAACGGUCCUAGUGAGCUGAUGCACGGGAUGCUGGUGGCUGAUGGAAAAUGGCACAGAGUCAUCGUGGACUUUAAUCCCAGUAUGAUAACCGUUGGGGUAGAUGGUCAGGAUAAGAGUAUAUCCCUACCAUCGGGUGGGAACCGAUACCUAGACCUGGCGGAGACGCUGUAUAUAGGUGGAAUUGAAUUGAACAAAAGAGCACGAGCCCUAGGUAAGGGUAUCCGAUCUGGUGACUUGAGCUACAAAGGCUGCUUGAGAAAUAUGAUCCUUCACGAGAGGGCGAUUGGACUUCCUGAUGUCAAAGUCAGUCAGGGUAUCGUUGUCGGUUGUGUAUGGUCAUUUCCUUGCUUAGAGAUGACACCCUGCAUCCCGGAUGCGGUUUGCUCACAACUUGGCGUUAACUCCUUCAAGUGCACCUGCAAGCAUGCACUCUGUAUCAAGCCUGACUUCGCUGACGACUACAAGGUUUACUCAAACACCAAUUUACCAGUUAACCUGGAGAUACUCGCCCUGAGUCCACUGUCAGUCUUUGAAGGGGAACACGUGCCAGUGACGAGUCAAAAUAUUGCAAUGGUCCUAGACAUUGCUAAAUAUGGCGUCGAGGAAGAUGGUGUUGUGUUCAAUAUAAUCACACCACCAGUUCAUGGUACACUGGCUCUGGAUCUUUUAAAUACUCGCACCGAUCACGCCUUCAGUCUGCGUGACAUAAAUCAGGACAAAAUUCAAUAUAUGCACGACGGCAGCGAGAGCACGGAGGACAGCAUGAUCCUUGAGGUAACAUUGACUGCUGGCGCUGGUUACACUCUGCCAGGAUAUCUUCAAGGACGAUUGCAGUUUCCACUUCACGUUAAUGUUACACCAGUCAAUGAUCCACCAUUGUUGGAAAUACCAACUGCUAAAGUCCUUCGACUUGCUCAAGGAAGCAGGAAACGAUUGAGUAAAGAACUUGUAUGGGCGCUGGACGCAGACACACCAUCGGAAUCUCUUAUCUAUACGGUUCUUAGGAGUGAUAGCGAUGCUGGCCUCGUAGAAAAAUUGACGCAUCCUUCAAAUCCCAUUGACAGUUUUACUCAGGCUGAGUUAUCAGAAGGCCUAAUAGCUUAUGUGCAUCGUGGAAAUGGAAAAGCGAAUGCCAUGCUGGGUUUACAAGUGAGCGACGGUAUUGAGAGCAGUCAGCCAGCAUAUUUGCGUAUCUCUGCGUAUCCAUUACAACUGAAAUUAGUUCAUAAUACAGGGUUAGUGGUUGUGCAUCGUUCAUAUUCGCUGUUAACACCAGCUAAUCUGUCAUUCGCUACAAAUUCUGAUGACUCAAGUAUAGAAAUUCGGUAUGACGUCGUCAGCUUACCACAGUUUGGCACUCUUCAGAAACUAAAAGACGGUUCAGGUGGUGGAUCAUCCGGUUCCUGGAACCCAGUGAACCACUUUACCAGUAGAGAUGUGGAAAUGGGUGCAGUUCGUUAUCUCCAUAGUUCCGGUCGACCUGAGCAUGAUGAGUUUAAGUUUCAGGCAAGUGUCCGGGAUAUCCGGACCCAGCAAACUUUCGACUUUAGGAUUACCUUCAUCGACCUGGAACUUAAAGAGAGUAAGAGAUCACCGAUCAAGUUCUCCGGGGUGAAGGAGGUUAUGGUAUCAAGUGAGAAUUUGAAAUAUGAAACGAACCCUCUGAUUACCUCAGCGGGAAGGAUUUUGUUUCGCUUAGAAAGAGUCGCCAAUUAUGGUAUCCUUACUGUUGAUAAACGUGAACUUUUACAAGGAGAAUCCUUUAGUCAAGAUGACGUUGAUAGUGGCAGAGUGAGCUAUAAGCUUUACAAAAGAGCCUAUUCGGAUAUCGAGGAUGAAUUUCUCUUCAGAGUCUCAGCACCACAGUGCACUGAGAUAUCUUCAUCACUGAGGAUACAGCACCGCAUCCCCGAGGGCGUCGGCGGUGCCAAGAGCGUCGACAAUAUCCAAAACGUUGUACUCCAAGAAGUGGAGGAGGGUGGACGAGUAAUUCUGAGAAAGCCGAAAUUAAAAAUUCGCAAUAUGGAACCAGGUAUCGACCGGCUCAUCUACAACGUGACCGUGCAACCUGCUCAUGGUUGGAUUACCGUCGUGGAUGACUCGAAUUCUAGACUCCUGAGGAAAAACGCGACUUACUUCACAACCGAGGAACUUUCCGCGGAAGAAGUUUACUACGUUCACGAUGACUCCGAGACGAUUGAGGAUAAAUUGAGUUUCUUGUCGUACUCCGAAUCAGCGGACUUCAUGUACGUUGGACGUUUUGAAUUUGUCAUCAUUCCCAAGAAUGAUAAUGCACCUACGAGAUCAGUCGACGUCGUCUUCGAGGUGGUCAGUAACAGCUCGAAACCGCUAACUUCGCGGUACCUCAAGUACGUCGACAAGGACCUGGAGACGAGACCACGCGACCUGGUGUUCACUCGCAAGGAAAUUACGAAUGGGGCCUUAUUCCGUUUCAAUGAACCAAACCAGGAAUUAUAUGAAUUUACACAGCAGGAUCUCGACGACGAGAUCAUCCUCUUCAAGCACCAUGGAUCAGACAGAGGUCACUUUGGCUUUGGAGUGAGCGACGGUCAUUUUUAUACUUCCGCUCAAUUGGAAAUAAGAGCUAGUCCACCGUAUGUGCGGCUUUUACCCAAGAAUGAUACUGGAAGAGACUCGGUGGUUCAGUUCAACGGUAGUGUCAUCCUUACUCGUGAAGAUUUUCCUCUUGAAACGAAUGUCCACGUCUUGGAUAAGGAUAUCCGCUUUGUGAUUACGGAAAAGCCAAAGCAUGGAGUCCUCUUGAACAAGGGCAAGGAGACUGGAUCUUUCGAUAGUACAGACCUCCUUCACGGCGACCUGACCUACAAACAUUUAGGAGGAUCAUUAACAAAAGACUCAAUACAUUUUCGCCUAUCUGUCAAAAAUCUAGCCGAAGUCCAGAGUGUCUUACCGAUCAUCGUCUACCCUGAGAGUUACUGGGAUCCUCUGGAGGUUCGGCAUAACCAAACGAUCCUCGUGGAGGAAGCAACAAGUGUUCUGGUUACAAGAAAGCACCUGGAGAUCUUCCACCCUGAUAUUCCAGCAGGACACAUAACCUUUUUCGUCAAAGAAUCUCCUGAGUUUGGAUAUCUGGAGAUCCAAAAUCCUGAGGAUCACAACGAAGAAGAACUGGCCACUCUGGUGAAGACGUUUGAUCAAAGCCUCAUCAACGAGGGACGUGUUUACUAUGUCCAAUCCGUUCUGAACCAGAGUCAGGAUCACUUUGUCCUCGAUGCGACUAACGGAAUCAGUUGGCUACGCAAUCUCCAAGUUUCCUUCGUUAUCGUUCCUGACAAGCUUUACCUUCAGGCAGCUAACCUCACUGUGGUAGAGGGCAAGAGCAUAAUCAUGCGCGAGAAUGAUUUUAGAGUAGUGACAAGCUUCUACGAGGGUAAGGUCACGGACUUCCGGAUAACGGAGAAACCCAAGCAUGGACAGAUAUUCGAUUCAACGAAGAACGCUUCUGUGAAAAAGUUCUCCAACAAGCACCUCAACGCUGGCGUGAUCCUCUACAGGCAUUCAAGUGACGAGGCACCAGAGGAUUCAUUCAAAAUGCUCGCCAUCGCCGGGGACAAAGUUAGUGAGCCCUACCACGUUUGGGUGAAUAUUCUACCUGUGAAUGACGAACUGCCUGUUCUCCUGAACAAAUCAGACUUGAACGUUUGGCAAGGUGGCUCAGUGAUACUUACUCCAGAUAACCUAUCAGCCGCUGACAAUGACACCCAGCCCGAGGACAUCGUCUUCGAAUUAACUUCUGUGAGAAAUGGAUUCUUCUCUCUAGGCUCCUCAUCCAUGAUGAUCACAAACUUCACUCAGGAAGACAUUCGCAACUCGAACGUCACGUUCACGCAUACGAAUGGGACGGACGCUGAUUUUUCAUUCAGGUUAACAGACGGGGCUCACGAAACUGAGGAACACAAGGUCCGAGUGUCAAGUCAAGCAGUUCACCUUUCCAUUCUCAAGAAUAAGCCACUCGACGUCUUCCCGUUAACCAGGAAGCCAAUCUCCCUUGAUCACUUGCUGGCAAAUUGUUCGGAUGAAUCCAGACAGAUAAAUUUCGUGGUUAGAGAAUCUCCACGUUUGGGAAAGAUUAUGAUGGAGAACAGCGAGGGCAUCUGGUUGGAGGUUGCCAGGUUCACGCAGAAGGACCUAAACGAGAGUAAAGUUGUUUAUGAACAUACAAAACAGUUCAUGGACUUGUCAGCUAAUGACUCGUUCGUUUUCGACGUAGAAACUCACUUUGCCGACACCCUGGUCAGACGGAGAUUUGAAAUUGGUAUAUCAGUAUCCAGUGGUGGAUUAGAUAGAUAUGUUACCUCGAAGACGGUGCGCGUCGAGGAAGGUGGUUCAGCUCAAGUCUUCAUGAACAUUUCUGAGAUUGGCAAGUACCUAGAAACUAGAGCCGGCAUCGAGAAGCCUGCAAUACUUGUUAGAUUAAAUGGACAGCCAAAAUAUGGUCAUGUGAUGCUUCAACCUGACUUGAACGUGACCACUUUUACUCAAGAACAAAUGGAGUCUGGUAAAAUCACGUAUUACCAUGAUCAUUCGGACACCCUCGAGGAUAAGAUUCUCUUCUCCGUGUACCUGACACCUGGACAUAUUCUUCUAUGCAAUAUAAGUGUCCUAGUGAUUGUGAGUCCAGUAAACGAUGAACCGUUCAAGCUGAUAACGAACGCACCGUACAUCACAGUCGUACAAAAUCAAAAUCAGACCAUAACGCGGGAGAACUUGCUGACUACUGAUCCAGAUACGGAUGCUAGUGAGCUUGUUUAUGACGUCAUAUCCGGUCCAACCUAUGGCCGAUUGUUACUCCUCUCCUCUGGUGGUAAUUCCACAGAGGUCAAACAGGUGAAUAAGUUCGUACAGCAGGACGUUGAUUCGAACCGAUUGAUCUACGAGCAUCUUGGUCCACUUCAAGCAGCAUCUUUCUACUUUCGAGUCUCGGAUGGCCGCUUCAAUCCCGUUUACACUGUCUUCAAUGUCCACGUCCUGCCUAUUCGGCUAAACGUGACCGUCGUGCGUCCUGUACACCUUCAACAGGGCACGAACAUCGCCCUCAUCUCCGAAGAGAAUAUUAAUCUAGACACUAACGCAAGACAGGAACUGGUCUUGUACGAGGUUAGCCGAAUGCCACAGUAUGGAGUCCUCUACGUCAGAGACGUGGAAGCUGCAUCCUUUAGACAAAGCGACCUUCUCUCAAAGAGUGUAGUGUUCAUGCAGACAAAUAUGAGCGUAGCCAACGACAGUCUCGAACUCUCUGCGCAGGUUAGUGGCUUCCACUUAAGAAAUAUCCAUGUAGAGAUCAAGGUGGUACCCCUGAUGAUCAUGAAGCCUAUGAUCAUCCUAACUGGUGAACGAAACAAACUGACUCUCCAGUACCUGGACGCUACACCCCUUGCCCAAUUAUCAAGCAGUAACCCUACUUAUCAGAUAACUAGGAAACCAAAGUUUGGCAAAAUCAAACGGAUCAUACGGAGCUCUGGCGAACGAAAGGGUUCCAGAGAGCGUGAGGUCAGUCGCUUCUCCCACCAGGAAGUUGCCUCCGGAGUAAUAUAUCUUGUAUCCCGUAAACUUCCAACAAUAGAGGUCGAGGGAAUCGCAGACAGCUUUUCCUUCCUUCUAGUGGGCUCUGCAUUCCAACCAGCAGCAGGCGAGUUUACCUAUAGAAUAAAACUCGAUUUAGACGAUUUCAACAAUACCUUGGCUGGUCCCAUGGAUCCCGUUGGUCACGAAGGUGAGAUGGCGAUAGCUCCUAACAUGAGCAACGAUUAUCUCCUCAUCCUGGGUAUGCUCCUUGGUGUCUUCUUACUGGGCGUUGUCGUCAUUGUUACUAUCCGUUAUCGUCACAACCGCUACAAACACGCCGAGGAGGACAAACCCGACGUCGCAGCUACACCCGCCCUAGGCGUGAUGCCACUUCCGCGACCACCGGAUCAUCUCAUGCCCACGACUCCUCAUCUUAAAAGAUAUCCUAGUGAACAUCAACAUCACAAUAGUCUAACAGCCAGUACACCCUUGCCAGUCUUACCUACUGUACAAUUACCCUCGACUUUACCUCAGUGCAAGGUCAUACCUUUGAGUCCUCUGGAGAGUAUCACCGGCUCUGAGGUUGACGUCUCUGCUAGGUAUCCUUAUGGCGUGGCUGAUCCUGACGAGUGGAGCAGUUUCGACACGUCGGAUCUACCUACUCCUUCUGCAACAGGAACACAGCGUCCUGCUAAUCCUCUUCUUCGAAGAAAUCAGUAUUGGGUCUAGCAGAGAGCCAGCACUGGACCAAGGAUCACACGUCCUAGAUUCUAACAAUGCCAUUACUCUCUUUGUGAACAGUAGAAGUGUUCUGGUUCCGGUGCUUAGGCGCACUAAUCUCAAAAGACUUUCGAUCAUGGACUAACGUGACUUUUAUUAUUCCUAAUAAAAACGGAAUAAUGUGAACUUUAAUCUCCUUCGGAUACGUUAUAUGUGCGUGCAUGUGUUUUAUGUGCGUUAUCUGUGGUACCGAACAUUAUCAAUAUCUUUUGUUUUCGAUUUGAUAACAUUUGUGCCAAAUGCAGAUAUACAAUUGUUUGAGCAAGACUGAGGAAAUAUAUUAAGGAGACGCGAAUCCCAAUGACGAGAGACGGUCAAUGUAGGUGAAUAUUUAUGGGCUGAGAUUUAGAUAUGAUUGUAUGAUAGGUUAAUUAAAAAAAGAAGACCUAAAUGUAUGAAAAUACAUGGCAGUUCAGCCAUUUUACUGGAUGAAAAGGAUGAUUCAUUCGUUUACUAUCGAGUGUGACGUGUUCAUUUGGUUUAAAUGAAAAAUAAAACUUUGUUGAGGGCGAAACGUGCAAGUGCCCUUUGGUCAAUUAAAUUUGCCGUUUGAUUUUAUAUUCGAAAUAUAAAUGAAUCGUUGGCGAUACCAGAAAUAUUCUCAUCUAGUCUUAUGAGAAACAAGACGGUGGUUCGGUCAAUAAAAAGUAGCUGAACGUGUUUAACGAGAAAAGUAAAAAAUGCAUAAUCGACGAUUGUCGUCGAUUAUUAUGGGAAAGGAUACGAAGAAAUAUUGUUGUUGAAUGUUUCAAGUAAGAUGAUAUUAUGACAAAAAAAAAUUGUGACAGUUUAAUGAACGUUGAUGGAAAACGUGUGAGCGUUAUUUGUGAGAAAUUUAAUGUUGGGUUUUUCAUUUUUUUUACCGUUACUGACCUCGAUGAUUCAAGGUGUCUAAGAAUUUUCAUGAUAUUCAAGGACCUGUAUUUUUUUAAAACAUCUACCCUUUAAAAUCCCUUCAAGAUUUCACAGGAAUGAUUAGAUAAUAAUCGAGGGUGGACUUUUACCCUUCGGGUUUGAAAUCCACGGAAGAGAUUUUUCUCUACUUUGUGCACUCUACUCAUUCUAAAUGGAAGGUUACGAUUGAACUAGCGAUAUAAUAAUACCGUAUAAACUGUUUAACGUAGAAGACUGUUUCGUAAUUGAUAGCAUAUGCAUUAAUUGACAUUUAUUUUGCGUUUUUUCUACUCGAAUCACCUAUUUUUCAUUAAUGAAUAUGCUACGAGCGAACGGUUAGGCUUUUUUUACAUCCGACGAUCGAUAUCGAUCUGAGUGCCAAACUACUGUAAUCUUGUAACAUAAAAAAUACAUACAUAUACUACUCGUAGUUUUUAUUA